CUUCAGCUUCGUAAACCUUGGAAGCUGCUUCAUACAACAAACAGCUAAGGAGCUCACACAGAAAAGGACCUGUUUCUAUCUUAUGCUCAACUGCGCAGCAUGAUGGAUGCCUCACGAGUAGUUGAAGAGCCAUUCCCGGCCAAGUCAAAAGCAGCUUCCGGACCAAUUGACGGGAUUCCUACCGAAGCUUCUGUUCUAUAUUUCUCGGACAAGAUACUUCUUACUCUAUCUCAAGAAGGUAGACUCUCACAAUGGGUAACCCAUUUCGAGGCCAGAUAUUUGAUUGGAAAUAUAAUUCUAAUUCUAUUCUGAAGAUUCAAGUACCGCUCUCGGCACCAUCAUCUGCUUCUGUAGAAAUGGCUCUGGCAAAUCCCAGUUUGCUACCUAUGUCUCACCUAACGCCGAAGACACUCCUUGGCGGUGGUGGGGAAGAACGUGAAUCUCUUGCGCAGCUGUACGCCGUUCAGAUAGCUAGUCAUAUUGCAAGACGAGAUUCAGACGAGCGUCGCACUCUAGUUGUCGGACUUGGUCUCAAAACACUUAAGCCCGACCGUGAAGCAUUCUUCGACGUCCUCGAACUCGUUCAAAAGGUUUUAUGAUCAUCUCAGCAUCAAUUAAAUCUUAAAGACGACAUGCAAUAGGUAUGAGACGAAUCAGCGAUGAAUUCUUUACACAGCAACGACCCUACCACUUGGGGCCAGAUUUUUCUUCGCUUCCUCACUUUUCAAGAAGUCGCUUCUCUCCAUCUUAAAUCUCAUCUGACACCCUACGUCCCAUUAGCCAAAAGGUCAUUUGGGAAUGAAUCUAUACUUACAGUCGCCACAAGAUAUGGGUUCGUAUUUUGCCGGAUUCGAUUCUGAAGUGCACGAAGGAACAACGCCUUCGACACAGUUGAAAUUGAGGCCUGAUACACCAGUGAGCAACGCCACGAUACGAACAAGUAGAGAAUUGAUAUACCAAAGAAGAAGGGCAUUGAAACGCGUUCAACAGGAGACUCAUUUGUGACCCUGUGGACGGUAGAUUUGUAAAUGUCGUUGCAUAGACGCAUCAUAAAAUCACCGAUAUUGACCACAAGGGUUCCCUCAAUCGGAGGCGCCUUCGCACACUGUCAGUAUUGGUUGGUCCUCAAUAUCAAUAUCAAUUUCCGCUCACUCUCAA